AAAUUCUCCACACGCGCUCGCCUCCGUGACUCAGUCGAUCGGCGAUUUUCACACAGCUCACAACCAUGGCUCCUCCAAGCCUACUCGGUCCUCCAGAGCUCAGCAACCCCACCAAGACCACAUCCGAGCCCGAACCCCCCACCGGCGAACCCUUGGUCGACUUGUUGGUCUCGGAUUUCAACAACAAAUCGAUGGAAGAUGAGCCCGAGAUGGGCCUGACGGAGAACGAAUCCGCCACCUACGUCUCCACCGGCAACCCCUGCCUCGAUCUCUUCUUCCACGUCGUUCCGGACACCCCCGCCGAUUACCUGAACGAGCAACUCGCACAGGCCUGGGACCAGAACGCUCUGACCACGCUCAAGCUUAUCUGCAACCUCCGAGGCGUGCGCGGCACCGGGAAGUCCGACAAGGAGAACUUCCACACGGCGGCGUUUUGGCUCCACAAGCACCACCCCAAAACCCUCGCCUGCAAUCUCAAAGCGUUUGUGGAAUUCGGGUAUUUCAAGGACCUCCCGGAGAUUCUAUACCGGCUUCUGGAAGGCGAGGACGUGCGGAGGAACCAGAGGGAGGUGUGGAAGACCCAAAAAUCGUGCGUUGGAAAUAAGAUUCGGACUUGGGGACCGUUCAAGAAAAUCGGAGGAAAAUGGGAGAAGAACCCCGUCAAAAAGGUGCUGACGGAAGAGGAAAAGAAGGCGAAGCAAGAGAAGUUGAGGGAGUUGGCAAAAUUGGAGAAGGAAAAUGCGAGCAGGCUGAGGAAGGAGAAGAAGGUCGCCAUGGCCAAGAAGGCGGUGGCCCGGUACGAGCACGAUCCGGAUUUCAGAUUCCUGCACGAGCGCAUUUCGGAUAUUUUCGCCGAGUUUCUGAAGGCCGAUAUGGAAAGUUUGAAGUCGAAUCAGCGCAACAAGAUCACCCUGGCGGCGAAGUGGUGCCCUUCGAUCGACUCCUCGUUCGAUCAGGUCACUCUGAUCUGCGAGAGCAUCGCGAGGAAGGUUUUCCCGCGCGAAUCGUACAAGGAAUACGACGGCGUUGAAGAAGCCCAUUACGCGUACAAAGUGAGGGACCGGCUGAGGAAGGAGGUGCUGGUGCCGCUGAGGAAGAUUCUGGAGCUGCCGGAGGUGUACAUGGGGGCCAACGAGUGGGGUUCAAUUCUGUACAACAGGGUGGCGUCGGUGGCGAUGAAGAAUUACAAGAAGUCCUUCUUGAAGCAUGACGAAGAGCGGUUCAAGAAGUACUUGGAGGACGUGAAGACGGGCAAGGCGAAGAUUGCUGCCGGAGCCCUGCUGCCCCACGAGAUUAUUGGGUCUCUAGGGGACGGUGAUGUUGGGCAGGUGGCGGAUCUUCAGUGGAAGAGAAUGGUGGAGGACAUGUUGAAGUUGGGUAAGAUGAAGAACUGCUUGGCCGUGUGUGACGUGUCCGGGAGCAUGGAAGGGACUCCAAUGGAGGUGUCGGUGGCGUUGGGGCUGCUGGUAUCUGAGCUGAGCGAGGACCCCUGGAAAGGGCUGGUGAUCACAUUCAGUGAGAAUCCUCAGCUGCAUUUGGUGGAAGGGGAUGAUCUGAUGACCAAGUGCCAGUUUAUGAGGGAGAUGGAUUGGGGGAUGAACACCGAUUUCCAGCAGGUGUUUGAUUUGCUGCUGAGCGUUGCGGUGAAGGGGAAUUUGAAACCGGAGAAUAUGAUCAAGAGGAUUUUCGUGUUUAGUGACAUGGAGUUUGAUCAGGCUUCGCCCAACAGCUGGGAGACGGAUUAUGACGUGAUACAAAAGAAGUUUAGGGAGAGCGGGUAUGGUGACGCGAUUCCGCAGCUGGUGUUUUGGAAUCUGAGGGACUCGAGGUCUGUACCGGUGCCGGGGAACCAGCCUGGGGUGGCUCUGCUGAGUGGCUUCUCAAAGAAUCUGCUGAAGUUGUUCCUGGAUAAUGACGGGGAAGUUCGACCGGAUGUGUUCAUGGAAUUAGCGAUAUCGGGAGAAGAGUAUGAGAAGCUAGUUGUGGUCGAUUGAGUGAUGAAGUAACGACGAGUUGAGUUUUGCAUGUUAAUAAAAGUGAGAGGGAGAAUAGAAGUGGUGCAAUGCAGGUACCUUGUGUUUUGUUGCAGAGUUUUGUAGAAGGAUAAAAAGGUGAAUGAAAAAUGAAAUUGUAUGUUUUUAGUAAAGGUGUAUAUCGGGUUCGGGUUAUAGGUUGAUAUCUGCAAUUUAGGAGAUGUUAGAAUCAUCCAAUAAGCUUAAAUUUGUUGGUCUUCUCUGAUGAAUAUUUUGAUAUGAGUUUUAUGGUACGCAUCUUACAA